AUGAUUUCUUUUUUUAACGAAGAUACAAAAGAAGAAGAAAAAUUAUUACAAGAAAUAUUAGAGAGUAAGAAUGAUAAAAUACCAAAUAUAAUAAAAGAAAUAGUGACCUCUAAUUUAUCAAAGCGUAAUACACUGGAAAAAAAAGAGGAAUCGUCAUGUGUAAAAAAUGAAGAGAUAUACUAUGAUAGAGGACAAUUUGAAGAUAUAGAAUGUAAUAAAGAUAAUAUAAAGGAACAUAUAAAGUACUCAAAUAAUAAUAUAUAUAAUAGUAAUAAUUGUAAUAUAGCUUUAAAUUAUAGUAAUGAAGAGUUAUUAAAUCUUAAAGUGGAUACAAAUAUAUUUCCUUUUCAUAUAAAAAAGAAUGGUAAAAUAAAUGCUGAUAUUUUUUUUAUACCUUAUAAUAGUAUAGAUGAUGAAGAUGUAAUAACAGAAUAUACAUAUAGUUAUAAUUAUUAUGAUAUAUAUUCUGAAAAUAUUGAACAAGUUAAUAAAUCUUUUCAUUCAAAUAAAAAAAGGAAAAUAAUGAAAAAUAAAAAUGAUAAUUCAAAUAAUGAAUUUUUCAUAAAGAAAGAAAUAAAUGAAGAUAAUAAUGACAUAGAAAACAAAAAAAAUAUAAAUUCCAAUGAAAUCAAAAACAAAAGAACUAACUUCCAAAAAUUAUUAGUUCAUUUUAGAGGGAGACUAUUUAUUGGAUGUCAUAUAAAUUAUUCAUAUUUUAAAAUAAAAACAUAUUUAGCAAUGAUAAAAGAUCAUGAAGACAUAGAUGAUACACAAAAUAUGCCACUUUUAAAUUAUGUUAAUAAAAACAUACAAACAUAUAAUUUAAUUCAAAAUGCUACAUAUUGGAAACAAGAUGAAUAUCCUGAUUAUACUGAUCAAAAUAUACAAAAACUUUUCUUCUUUCUAAUUCUAACACCUUUAAAUAAUUACAAUGAAGAGAGUGAAUUAAAUAAUGACGUUGUUUUUUGA